AUGUCGCUCUCCAAGGAAUCACUGCCCUCGUGGGGUUAUGCCGUUGCAGGUGCUACUGGUGCUGUGCUCGCGAAUGCCGCUGUCUACCCAUUGGACAUCGUCAAGACCAAGCUCCAGGUCCAAGUCAAACGCCAGCCCACCGACGAGAAAACCGAACCCCUCAACUCCGAUGAAGAAAUCUAUAGCUCAACGCUUGACGCAAUCACAAAGAUCGCUGCCAAAUCCGGCGUGAAAGGCCUCUACACGGGCAUGGCCGGCGCGCUGCUCGGUGUCGCUUCAACAAACUUUGCAUACUUCUACUGGUACACGCUAGUCCGUACCUUCUACCUCAAGCGGAGCGGCACGGCGCACCCGUCUACCGCGAUCGAGCUCUCGCUCGGCGCCGUCGCCGGCGCGCUCGCACAGCUGUUCACCAUUCCCGUGGCCGUCAUCACUACCCGGCAGCAGACUCGGCCCUCGUACGAGGAGCAGCUGGGACUCUUGGCAACUGGGCGGGAGGUAGUGUCGGAGGAUGGGAUGAGCGGGCUGUGGAGGGGACUCAAGGCGUCGUUGGUGCUUGUUGUCAAUCCGGCGAUCACCUAUGGGUGCUACCAGAGGCUGAAGGAGGUCAUGUUUAAGGGCCGGGACCGCUUGUCGCCCGGUGAGGCGUUCCUGCUCGGCGCGAUGAGUAAGUCGUUGGCGACGCUGGCGACACAGCCGUUGAUUGUUGCCAAGGUUGGGCUGCAGAGUAGGCCGCCGCCUGCUGCGAACAGGAAGCGCUUUAGAAGCUUUGGGGAGUUGAUGAAGGGGUUGAUUGUGCAGGGUUUGCUGAUGAUGACGAAGGAGAGGAUGGAGUUGAUGUUCAUACUACUCUUCAGGUGGAUCAAGAAGCUGCAUGCGGAGCGGCUUGCGAAGAACGCGGGCGCUUUGGUAGUUAGAGUGGGGAAGGUAUAG